UUCCUUCAUCCAUGGAGGAGCGAGUGAACGACGCGAAGUUUUUUCAAUUCUUAAUAAAAAUAAAAAAAUGAAUAAAAUUCAUUUUGAAAUCAAAAUUUGAAGAGAUUAAAUUUCCGUGUUUGGUGAUUAGAAAUCUGAAAUCCCACACUCCGUCUUUGCAUCGUCGAUUGCUUGGACGGUGCGGGAAAAACUUCGACUCUGCUUUCUCUAAAUUUUACAGCCAAUACACGCUCUCUAAAACAUUUAUUAUUCUAUUAUUGUUUUCAUUCUUUCAAAUUCAAAUUAGGGUUUCUUCCUCACUGUCGCUAAGUUUAGUGAUUCCUCGACCUGCAUUCGACUUCAGUUCGAUUCGUCUUCGAUCUUAGAAGUAUCAUCCAUGGCUGAUGAACCAGUUUCAACUCAAAGCUCGUCGGGUUCUGCUUCUCUUGGUCAUUCUGUGAUUCCUAUUGUCAAUAAGCUCCAGGAUAUUUUCUCCCAACUUGGGAGCUCGUCCACGAUCGAACUGCCCCAAGUCGCUGUCGUCGGGAGUCAGAGUAGCGGUAAAUCGAGUGUUCUUGAAGCUCUGGUCGGAAGGGAUUUUUUGCCUAGGGGUUCGGAUAUCUGUACUCGGAGGCCUUUGGUUUUGCAGCUGUUGCAGACGAAACGGAAGCCAGAUGGAACAGAGGAGGAGUAUGGGGAGUUCUUGCACUUGCCAAGGAAGAAAUUUUACGACUUCUCCGAAAUCCGCAGGGAAAUUCAGGCAGAGACAGAGAGGGAAGCAGGAGGAAACAAGGGUAUUUCAGACAAGCAGAUACGCCUAAAGAUCCACUCACCAAAUGUUCUUGAUAUCACCUUGGUGGAUUUGCCUGGAAUAACAAAGGUUCCAGUUGGUGACCAGCCAUCUGAUAUUGAGGCACGGAUUAGAACGAUGAUAUUGUCAUACAUUAAACAUCCUAGUUGUUUGAUUUUAGCGGUUACUCCAGCAAAUGCAGAUUUGGCUAAUUCAGAUGCACUUCAAAUAGCAGGAACUGCUGAUCCUGAUGGUUAUCGAACCAUUGGUGUAAUUACAAAGUUGGAUAUUAUGGACAGAGGUACUGAUGCUCGUAAUUUUUUGCUCGGAAAAGUGAUCCCUCUUCGACUUGGCUAUGUAGGUGUUGUGAAUCGUAGUCAAGAGGAUAUUAUGAACAACCGGAGUAUUAAGGAUGCACUUGCCUAUGAGGAAAACUUUUUCCGUAGUCGCCCUGUCUACAGUGGCCUUGCUGAUCGUUGUGGUGUUCCUCAAUUAGCAAAGAAGUUGAACCAGAUUCUGGUGCAGCAUAUAAAGGCAGUCCUCCCAGGGUUGAAAUCACGUAUAAGUUCUGCAUUGGUUUCUGUGGCAAAGGAGCAUGCCAGCUAUGGAGAAAUAACAGAAUCAAAGGCUGGUCAGGGAACUCUCCUCUUGAACAUUUUGUCCAAAUACUCUGAAGCUUUUACGUCAAUGGUGGAAGGGAAAAAUGAAGAAAUGGCAACAUCCGAACUGUCUGGUGGAGCACGAAUUCAUUAUAUCUUCCAAUCAAUCUUUGUGAAGAGCUUGGAAGAGGUGGAUCCGUGUGAUGAUUUAACUGAUGAUGACAUUCGUACAGCUAUUCAGAAUGCAACUGGUCCUAAAUCUGCUUUGUUUGUACCAGAGGUGCCAUUUGAGAAUCUUGUCCGGAGACAGAUAGCCCGCUUGUUGGAUCCAAGCCUCCAAUGUGCAAGGUUUAUCUAUGAUGAGUUAAUAAAGAUGAGCCACCGGUGUAUGGCUAGUGAACUGCAGCGGUUUCCUAUUCUUAGAAAGCGCAUGGAUGAGGUUAUUGGAAAUUUUUUGAGGGAAGGCCUUGAACCUUCAGAGACAAUGAUUGGACAUAUCAUAGAAAUGGAGAUGGACUACAUAAACACUUCUCACCCAAAUUUUGUCGGUGGAAGUAAAGCUGUAGAGAUUGCACUGCAGCAGGUCAAAUCUGCCAGGAUAUCUGUAACCAUGUCUAGAACAAAGGAUGGGGUAGAUCCUGAUAAAGUACCCGCAUCUGAAAAAAGUUUGAAAUCUAGAGCUAUUCUUGCUAGGUCAUCAGCAAAUGGAAUUGUUCCUGAUCAGGGAGCUCGACCCGUUGCAGAAAACGAGAGACCUGGAUCUUCUGGAAAUUCCACGGGUUCAAGUUGGGGAAUUUCAUCAAUUUUUGGUGGAAGUGAGAACCGUACAUCUGCAAAGGAGAUCUCAACAAACAAAUCAUAUAGUGAACCUGUUCAAAGCAUGGAACAUUCCUUCUCUACGAUCCUGUUGAGAGAGCCCCCAACGGUUUUGAGGCCCUCAGACAGCCAUACAGAGCAGGAAGCGAUUGAAAUUGCAGUGACAAAGCUGCUAUUGCGAUCAUACUAUGACAUCGUGAGGAAGAAUAUUGAGGAUUCUGUGCCUAAAGCAAUUAUUCACUUCCUGGUCAACCAUACCAAACGGGAACUGCGCAAUGUCUUUAUCAAAAAGCUUUACAGAGAAAACCUUUUUGAAGAGAUGCUGCAGGAACCUGAUGAAGUGGCCAUGAAAAGGAAGCGCACUCGUGAGACACUGAGAGUCCUGCAACAAGCUUUUAGGACCUUGGACGAAUUACCACUGGAAGCUGAAACUGUUGAGAAAGGUUAUAGUUUGGGUACUGAUCCAACUGGAUUGCCAAAGAUCCAUGGGCUGCCUUCAUCAUCAUUAUAUGGUACAAGCAAUGAUUACAGUACAUCUUACAUGGCUUCUCCGAAGAACCCAAAAUCCCGAAAAUCGUCUCACUCAGGGGAACUACAAUCUCCAUUGCAUGCAAGUGCAGAUUCCAAUGGAAGUGGACGCCAUUUCACACUCGGAUCCUAUCCAACAGUUGAUCUCUGAGGCAAUGCAAACAGUCUUCAGUCUUCACGCUGAAUUUUGGUGGUACUAUAGUCAAUAUAUUCUUUUGGUUACUUUCUCCAUGAUGGGGAGGUGAUUGUUGUCAAUAUAUCCAUCAAUCAAAGUUGGCUAAAUGCGAGUCAGUUAUUUUCUUCUAACAAGCAUAUACAAAGCCCAAAGUUUCUGCCUCUUCUGCUUCGUAUGUUACAUUUAUUUCUUGGUAGACCGUAGACUAUAAUAGACAUAGCUUGAUUUGUUAAAUGAUGCCCGUAAAAGAGUAACAGGAGAGGGUGAUUUUCUUUGUUCUACAAGAAUGCUCCAUUUUCUUCCAGAAGAGGCCCAUCCUGGUGGAUUUUGUUUGAGCCAGUGUGUGCACCCUGGGGUAAGAGACAAUAUGUCUUGCAUCAAAUGAUUUGGUUAUCAACAACUCGGUGUCAAUCCUCGCUCCCCAGCUGACUCAUGGGUGAUCAUAUUUGCAUUGACUUUGCUAACUGCCUGGAAUCUAGAGACUAUGCCAUGCCUUGAAUUUCAGCUCUGGGUUUCAUUUUUUCCCUAGCAUUCAAUUUGGUUUUGGUGAUGGUAAAAGGAUCAUGCAACUUAUACAGGAGAUGCGUUGUAAGUAGUCGGUGACUCGGUGUUGGAUAAGUGUUCUGGUUCUGGAUCCAGUUCCGCGUGGUUGUCAUUUGAUCAUUAUGGCCGAAUAGUGUUAUCAAUUUUUUUUUUAGAAAUUAAAUUCCAGUUGCCAACCCUUUUUUCCUUUUGAAUUGAAUUUGAACUUUUUAAACUGGGGGGCACUGUAUCAGGCAGCAAACGAUUCCGGAAAUCUAUUCCCCAAGUUCUCAAAUGGCUUUGCUAGUUUUAACAUAAUAUAGCAGAAAUUUUUUUU